UUUUUAACCUGAACAAUCGCGCUAUGUUUUUGUCCGUGUGGACCUGCCGUAGUAUCACAUAGUUUACAGGCGUGCAAGUCUCCGAAGGACCCUGAAAUAAACAAACAAUCAAAUAACAUUUAAAGUAAGAAAGAAAAAAAACGUUGAGGUCAAUCGUCACUGCCCAAAGUGUACGUCAUGGAUUCAGAGGCAGUGUUUCUGUUAGAGACUGUUAAUUUCGCCGCUGAAAAGCAUCGGAACCAGCGCCGUAAAGACGUAGACAAAACGCCGUAUAUAAACCACCCGAUCGGCGUUGCAAGGAUUCUCAGCCAUGAAGCUGGUAUCACUGACAUCGUGGUACUACAAGCUGCUCUGCUUCAUGACACUUUGGAGGACACAGAUACAAAGCCUGAAGAACUGGAAACAAAGUUUGGACAUAUUGUUGCUGGUAUUGUUCAGGAGGUGACAGACAAUAAGAGUCUGCCCAAAGAGGAGAGAAAGCGUCUACAGGUGGAACACGCGCCUCAUUGUAGCCACCACGCCAAACUGGUCAAACUGGCAGACAAAUUGUACAAUCUCAGGGAUUUGAACCGCUGCACACCAGUUGGUUGGACGGCUGACCGUGUCCAGCAAUAUUUUGUGUGGGCCUCUGAUGUGAUUAAAGGCCUAAAAGGUACUAACUCCGCCCUGGAGGAGAAAUUGGAGGAGUUGUUCAGACAGAGAGGAAUGCUGGUCUAACUUGGUGGAAAGAUGAAAAAGAGCCAGCCACAUCGAGACAAACAACUCACAGGGUCACAUUCACAACUAUGGACAAUUUGUUUUUCAAUUAACCCAAGAAGCAUGUUUUAGUAAUGUGGAAGGAAACUGUCAUACCCAAAGAAAACCAAUGAAAGCACAAGGACAGGAGUGCUCAAUGCGUCUUUGUCGAUCGUGGGACUGCGUGCCAAAAAAAAAAAAAGACGUCAGCCAAUGUUCCCUUUAAACUGCGUGCAUGCGCAAUAGAUACUUUUCAUUGACGUCAUGCCGGCCACAUGUUUUUUAUUUACAACGCCAUUUUGUACGGCAAGAUCAUGUCUACGUAUCAUGGCUAGGAACUAAUGAGUCUAUACUGUAAUGUUUUGGUUUUGGUUAUCGUUUGAUCUUUUAUCUUGAACUGUAACCAGAGGUGAUUGAGACACUUGUGCUGGAGUGAGGAAUAAAGAAAUAAGACACAUGUGAAACUCGAGAGCAAAUAUCG